UGGGUGCCAACCUUCCUCCAGGCCUGUCAGGAGUUCGUCGCAGACUUCGGCCCAGCUUGCCGCUUGCCAACAGCUGGAACGGGGCCUGCUCUUCAGUUAUUGCAUUUGGCUGCCACCACCAGGCUACCUGCAACUCGCAACCCUCCAAAGCUCGAUAACCACGCCCCAGAAACCAUAACCAUUCCUCGCACCUUCGCAAAAGUCUACGCCCGCCUCGUCGUCACCGAUUGCCCAACAUGAACAUGACAGACGAGGAGCUUGAUCGCGACUGGAAGCCGAGCGGCCGCCGCCCGCAAUCAACGAUUGCCAGGUCCUUUUCGCAGGAGCUGGUCGACAUCUUCCGCAUCGAAAACAGUGUCGCAGACCUGGACGAACAAGUGAACAAGCGAAAACAGCAAAUCAAUACCCAGACGUCGGAGCUCGAGCAGCUCGAAGCCCGCAUCCGCGAGAUGGAGAAGCGCCUCAAGACCCAGGUGCCCGCCGGCGCUGAAAACCAGAACGGGAGGCCGAGCGGUAGUCCGCGAACACAGCGGCCGUCCUUGGCAAACGCAUUCGACGACCCGAAUGCUCCCCCAGCGCCCCCAGUCAAGGACCACCCUGCCAACCCGCGGGGCCAGCAGGGGCAGCAGCAAAACCAGAAGUACAGUGGCCGGCCACUCGCGACAAGGCAGAGCCAACAGGCGGUCCCGGGAGCACUUCCGCCAACCCCCGUGGGCAGCGAAGACGGUGACCUUGAGCAGGACGCCUAGCUUUCUCCGACAACAUUUUCGCAGUCUCCCCUUUUCCUCGCAACCUCAGCGACAGCCGGCAGCCUCUCCAACCAACCCUAUAUCUGCCGUCCAUUGAUCGCAGGACCUAGCUGUAAAGAGUACGCUCCUUUUUCAAGUCGGGCGAUUGUGCAGACAUGCUCUCUUUGCUGGCAGCACUUUCGUUUCCUAUAGACGGCGUA